UCGAGACAGGAAGGUGUGCUGAGCACUGAAUGCUAACAAGGGGGAUAGUACAUGUCCACGGCGAGCGGAAAGGUGGGGGGCUCAACAGCGAGAAAUGGAGAAAAACAAUUAACCUGCAAUGUGCCAACACCAAAUUCACGCCGAUCAUAACCAUUCUCGCCACCUAAUAAUCACCACCAUCAUCAGCGCGAGCGUCCUCGUCUUUUUUCUCUUAAGUGAAAUGUAUCGGGACUGUAUGGGAUCCUUCUUCUGACAAUGGAGAUUGAGAAUAUCGUGGCCAACACCGUGCUGCUGAAGGCAAGGGAAGGAGGAGGAGGGAAACGGAAUGGGCGGAGCAAGAAAUGGAAGGAGAUGCUCAAACUGCCUCAUAUCAGUCAGUGUGAAGAAUUAAGAUGCACUAUUGAAAGGGAUUACACUAGCCUUUGUGAGAAGCAGCCAAUUGGUCGGCAGUUGUUUCGGCAGUACUGUGACACACAGCCCAAACUGCGCCGUUGCAUAGAUUUCCUGGAUUCAGUGGCAAUGUAUCAGGUGGCUCCAGAUGAGAAAAGGAGAGACGUCGGUUUAAAAAUUUUAGACACAUAUUUUAAUAAUGGGUCGGCAGCUCAUCUACCAGAGAUGGCUCAGGACGUGGUGGGGGAAUGCAGACAGAAACUGGAACAGACCCCUUGUAAAGAGCUGUUUCAGGAAUGUACCAGGAUAGUUCGUGAAUAUUUAGGUGGGGCUCCGUUCUCAGCAUAUCAGGAGACAAUGUACUUUUCCCGCUUUCUCCAGUGGAAGUGGUUGGAGAGGCAACCAGUAACCAAAAACACAUUCAGACUCUACAGGGUAUUGGGAAAGGGCGGAUUUGGUGAGGUUUGUGCCUGCCAGGUUCGUGCCACUGGUAAGAUGUACGCCUGUAAAAAGCUGGAGAAGAAACGGGUGAAGAAAAGAAAAGGUGAAGCAAUGGCAUUAAAUGAAAAACGCAUUUUAGAAAAAGUUAACAGUAGUUUUGUAGUUUGUUUGGCAUAUGCAUAUGAGACUAAGGAUGCAAUAUGUUUGGUGCUGACUAUAAUGAAUGGUGGUGACCUAAAGUUUCAUAUCUAUAACAUGGGAAACUCUGGCUUUGAUGAGCAGCGUGCAAUCUUUUAUGCAGCAGAGAUCUGCUGUGGCUUAGAGGACCUACAUCGAGAAAGGAUCAUCUACAGAGACCUGAAACCUGAGAAUAUUCUCCUAGAUGACCGUGGGCACAUCCGUAUAUCAGAUCUGGGUUUGGCCGUCCAGAUUCCAGAAGGAGAGACGAUACGAGGGCGUGUUGGCACAGUGGGAUAUAUGGCACCAGAGGUCAUUCAAAACGAGAGCUACACCUUCAGUCCUGACUGGUGGGGUUUGGGCUGUCUCAUUUACGAGAUGAUUCAGGGUCAGUCUCCGUUCCGCCGUCGUAAAGAGCGUGUGAAGAGGGAGGAAGUAGACCACCGCGUGUGCGAAGACCAGGAGGAAUACUCAGACAAAUUCUCUGAAGAUGCUAAAGACAUCUGCCGACAGUUGUUAUGUAAAGAUCCAAAGGAGCGCUUGGGAUGCAAAGGUUGCGGAGCUGCUGAAGUCAAACUGCAUCCCAUUUUCCGCAACAUCAACUUCAAGCGAUUGGAGGCCAACAUGCUGGAUCCGCCCUUCUGUCCUGAUCCGCGUGCAGUGUACUGCAAGGAUGUUCUGGACAUUGAGCAGUUUUCCACAGUCAAAGGUGUAAACCUUGAUCCUACAGACGAUGACUUCUACCACAAGUUUGUAACAGGGAGUGUCUCCAUCCCCUGGCAGAAUGAGAUGAUUGAGAUGGAGUGCUUUAAGGAGAUUAAUGUAUUCGAGAUGGACGGAGCACUGUGUUCUGAUCUGGAUGUGAACAGGCCAAACCCCGCACCCAAACGAGGAUUCUUCUACCGCUUAUUCCACAGAGAGGUUUGUUUUAGAAGUGCCAUCAGUGAGGAGGAGGAGAAGCCAUCUUGACUUUUUAAACCACUCCCACUUCCUAUCAGCUGCCAAUCAGAAUGCUAAACGUUUGAAUGUUCAACUGUAUUUAUGAACUGUAUUAAACUGUAUCAUAACUAUAAAGUAAAGGGUAUGAGUUUAAAGACUUUUGUACAUUUGUACUUGAACUGUGUAGAUGUAUAUUUUCACUAAAGGUUGUAUUGUACAAAAAGCCAUUGAAAUACCACUUGAAUGCAUAUAUAUAAUGUUUUUAUUGUUAUUAUUUUUCAUCUGUAAUGAAUAUGAAAUGUGUAUUUUUUUUAAGCACAAUAUCUACAUUCAGGUUUUAAUGUCCUGUCUGCCUUUUGUAUGUUCAGUUGUUUGGCUGGUCAGAUUUGGUGCACUUGUGUGCAGUGGGGUAAGAAAAGGUAACUAUUUAAUAUAUCAUCAUAAUGUCAUUACAACCAAUCUGUGUUUUUAAAAAGCCAAUGCCGAUGUUUAGAGAGCAGUGUGGCUGAUGGCUUAUGGCUGAUGUUAUGCCAAUAUACAGUAUACAAUUUAAUGAAGAUAGUAAAUACCUUCAAGACGUACAUGAUUUUUUACGAAUGGAUCUGACACAAGAGGGAGCAGAUGAGGCAAGUUCCAAAUGGCCAAAUAUCAGUUGAAUAAUUAGCCUGACCGAUAUAUCGGUCUAUCACUUCAAUGGUGAUUACCAAUGUAUUUUAAAACAGUCAGUGCAUGAAGUAACCCCAACAUCCUGGACAUCUGUGUAUCAGGUGGCUAACCCCUGUCCUUAUUUAUGUGCACCAGCUGCUUGUUUAAAAAUACAUAAACACCUUUACACUCCUUUGUAGUUAUUUCCAUAUUGCUCUAUGUGAAUGUUAAAUGAUGUCACGUAACAUUACAUUCUGAUGCAGAAGAAACGGUGAUACGGACAGGAAAUUGUACUUUAUACAUAUGUAUGGUAUGCGCAAGUAGUGGUCGACCGAAGUCUUUUUUUUUUGGCUUGAGAAAAUAAAUAAAUUGUACUUUUAAAAAGAAUGCAUAAAAUAAUGCAAGGGGAGUCACCCCAAUUUGGCAGCCACCAUUUUUAGAUCACAUUACCAACCGAAUGCUACUCAACUUAUUUUAGUAACUCGUAUUUUACUAAAAUCGUAUUUUAAAUAUCUCAUUUUCUGUUUGUGGUUGCAUGCUUGGAAUUUUUUUUUACAUGCAACCACAAAAUGGUAUGUGCUAAAUCUAACAAAUAAUUACUAGUACACCUUUAAAAGGGCUGUUGGUAGAUUUUUGAACGGACAUACAGAGUAACUAACAAUUCUUUGAAUUAGUCAAGUAAGCAUGGUUAUUUGCCAGUGCAGAUAAUCUUAAAAUGAUCAAAUAUUAGGCCUUGUCUAUACAGAUCACUCUAUCAAGGUUUCAGUUUUGAUGGGAGGAAUUAGGACUGCUUUUUAGGGCAUUACGAGUGUAAGUUGUUCUUUGCUAAUUUCCACUGCGUUCAGUUCAGUUAUCCUGACAUUUACCCAAAACUACAUUGUGACCUUUAGUGCCAUCAGGAAACUUUACAGUGGUUUUAACCAGGCCAGUAUAAACUACCUAAAUAUAAAUAUUUAAUCUUUACAUUUGCUCACAGGACAGCUCUUAAAUGAGCUGUUGAUGUUGCCUUAGGUGUCAUAUCUUCAAUGAAUAUUCCAAAUUGAGUGUGAAUGUGUGUGUAUGCAUUCCUGUAUGGCAGUGAGUUAAAGGGCAUGAUUUUUUCCAUACUUUAAGCCUCAGGCCAUGAGACACAUAUGGUGUCUGAUUGAUCUGUUAAUGCACACUGUGCGAUUUGUUUGUCAUUGACGUGCAUAUAAACUUUGCAUUAUCUUUAUGUUCCAUAUUAUUGCUUUUUUGUUGCCUUUUGUUUGUAAUUAGUUAUUUUUGUUUGUAUUUAAAUGGCAUUAUUUGAAUCACAAAAUGAAUGCUUCCAUCCUAAGUUGGAAACUAGUCUCACAUUUACCUCUACCAUCAUUCCAAAACUAGUAAACAAACAAAAACAGCAUAUAUUCUUACUCCUUUUGACUUUUCCUCAAAUGCCUUUAUAAACAACAUUUUGUUUUCAUGCAAUUCUUUGAAGCUGAAGUGUGUCAUUUUUCAGUGUUAAUAUACAGAUAUAAUUACAAGUAAGCCAUUCAUAGGUUAGCCAUUAGAUUUCCCCCGAAACUUGUAAAUACUGUGGCUCUGUGGUGCCAUCUUUGGAGUGUCUGUUUAAAGUGAUAGUUCACCCUAAAAUGAAUAUUCUCUCAACAUUUACCUACCCUCAUGCCAUCCCUGAUGUGUAUGACAUACAUUUUCUUCUGAACACAAAUAAAAAAAUGUUUUUUAAGAAUAUUUCAGCUCUGUUGGUCCAUACAAUGCAAGUGAAUGGUGGCCAGAACUUUUAAGCUCCAAAAAGCACAUAAGUGCAGCGUAAAAGUUAUCCAUUUGACUCUGGUUUUUAAAUUCAGUCUUUUGAAGUGAUAUGAUAGACCUGGGUGACAAACAGAUCAAUAUCUAAGUCCUUUUUACUAUAAAUUCUCCACCUUUUCCAGUAGGUGGUGAUAUGCACAAAGAAUGUGAAUCACCAAAAACAAAAGAAGAACACUUAGGAGAAAUUAGAGCAUUUAGAAAUGCUGGUGAAAGUUGAGUUAUGGUAAAAAAGAUUCCUCACUCAUACCUAUCAAAUCACUUCUGAAGACAUGGAUUUAACUACUAGAGUCAUAUUGAUUACUUACAUUCUACCUAUAUAUGUUUUUUGGAGCUUCAAAGUUCAGGCCACCAUUCACUUGCAUUGAAUGGACUGACAGAGCUACGAUAUUUUUCUUAAAGUCUGUUUAGCAGAAUAAAGAAAGUCAAACAUAUCUGAGAUGACAUGAGGGUGAGUAACUCAUGAGAGCAUUUUCAUUUUAGGGUGAUCUGUUCCUUUAAGAAUCCAGACCAGAAUCACACAGUAAAAUUGGCUCAUCUAAUGGUGUGAGUUUUAGGCGUGACUAUCUGACUGUUUGACCAAUAGCAGAUGGGAGAUAGAAAAACCCUUUUUGAAAACCUGUCAUUAUUUAUGCAUUUCUGUUCAAUAAUGACAUUAGUGGCGCAGAAAUUACACACUUCAGCUUUAACAUCUUUGACAGUAAAUCUUAAAUAGGAAUCACUGUUUGCUGUUCACUGACAUUACCUCUAACUAGUUUUCACCCAUGCUAUCUCUCUCUUUAUAAGGUUAAAAGGAGCUUUAUGGUCCCUUUUACAAAGCUGUGAACUCUUCUUCUUUUAUUCCCAUAUGUGCAUGUUCUACUGUAUCCAUGGUUUGACACGAGGACAAGCAUCCACUUCAGUUGACAAUAAAAAUAUGUGGUGACUAAAGGCCCUUAAGAACUUGUGAUUUCUGUAAAAUUCAAAAAAGCUUAUAUAUUUAAAAAUGAUGCUGCAUUUUUCACUCAUGCCCUAAUCUGUUUUUUUUUCUUCUGUGUAGUCACAUCUUUGAUUCAGAUACUCUGUAAAAUAUUAAAUGACUUAAACCUACUCUUUUUGUGCAUCUAUAAAGAUAAACAAGUGCCAAAACAAGCCAUUGUAUGUAUAUUGGAUUGAUAUGUGCAUUCAAGUCAAAGGUGAAUUGUGUUAUUUUGUUAAAUGUUGAAACACUUUGUCCUGUCCCGGCUUAUUGUGUUGUGGCUCUUAAACACUGUGGCACUAUUGUUCUGUUUGUUUGAGCAUCCCGACCACCCCAACAUUGACUCGGCCAAUUCAGUUAGUUUGCGGCAGAACUAUCUGUUUGUCCAACUAAUGGCAGAAAAGGAAAUGUUGAGGAAAUGUUUUGGCCUGUACACAAAUGAGUUCUUUCUCCACUGUUCCUGAACAUUCUUUUUAAAUUCUAUCACACUGUUAAUAUUUAGUUAAUGCCUCUUUCUGGUUUAUAUAAAUCCAUCUUAAAUAUCUGCACAAAGUGCAAUUAUUUGUAAAAUCAUUUUUAUCCACUGAUUAGUUGAUAUUAAGCAUCCACUAAUAAUGCAAGC